UCCUUAUCUCCCGCCGAGACCCUCGCCCUUUCCCAACUCCCUUCAUCUUAUAUCAACCACCAAUACCACCCAUAGAAUCCAGAGCCACCAGAGAGAGAGAUGGGGAACGCCAUUAUGUUGGGAGGGAAGAGGCGGGUGCGGUUGAUGAAGAUCGACGGGGAGACGCUGAAGCUGAAGGCGCCGGUGUUAGUGCGGGACGUCGUGCAGCAGCACCCCAACCACGUGGUGAUGGACUCGGAGUCGGUGAGGAAACUCGGGCCGCAGGCGAAGCCGCUGGACGACGACCACGAGCUCAAGGGCGGGAAGAAGCUUUACUUCCUGGUGGAGCUGCCCAAGCUGCCGGAGGAGAGGGUGCCCCGGCGGGUCAGGUCCGGCAUCCAGAUGGGCGCCAAGGAGCGCCUCGAGAGCCUCAUGCUUGCUAAGCGUUCCGUGUCCGACCUCACCUUCGUGAAGGGCGGCGCUGGCGGCGAGGGCGAGGGAGCUGGCGUCAUGAGGGUCAAGAUGAGGCUGCCCAAGUCCCAGGUGGCCAGUCUCGUCGGCACCGGGGCCGACGGCGCGGAGGUGGCGGAGAAGAUCAUCGACAUGUGCCUCAAGAAGGAGGAGAAUCCCCUGACCGCCUCUGCCGGAGCGGCGGUGGCGGAAGGCAACAAAAGCGGGAACCUCUGCACCUCUGGGCCCGGUGGCAUCCAGGAGGGUGGCUGCGCCAAGAACGUCCGUCCGAAGAGGGCCGUGCGUUUCCACCCAAUGCAAGAAGUGAUGUAGAAGACGCUAGCGGGAGUUGGUGGAGACAGAAGUUUGGCAAGCCGAAGUGCAGCUCGGCUCGAGCUUUGUAUAGAAUCCGGAGAGGAACCCAAAGACAGUAUAGUUACAUAGUAUGUGCAUGUUUAAUAUCUAGGUUGGUUAGAGGGAAUGCCUAGUCGGUAGGCAUAUACAGUAGCAAAAUGUAAUCGACUGUGCAGAUAUGAUAUGUUUAGAUCGUGAACUACACGAGCUCAUAUGUAGAGCUCGAUUCCAUUUUGCUUUAAUAUGAAUUAAUUUGCCUCAUUAA